GUCGCCAGACAGUCAUCAUAAAUACGAACAGAUUGGAAAACUUACAAGAAUUGCGUAUUAUCUGUGGCAUUACGAGAUCAUACUUUCUAAAAACUAAAACUAGCUUACCGUAACCCCCGUCACAAGCAAACAUGUCGUACGCGUACUUGUUCAAAUACAUCAUUAUCGGAGACACAGGCGUGGGCAAGUCCUGUCUGCUGCUCCAGUUCACGGAUAAGCGAUUCCAGCCGGUGCACGACCUGACCAUUGGCGUGGAGUUCGGAGCACGAAUGAUCACCAUCGACGGGAAGCAGAUCAAGCUGCAAAUCUGGGACACGGCUGGCCAGGAGGCUUUCAGAUCUAUCACACGUUCUUAUUACCGCGGAGCUGCUGGCGCCUUGCUGGUGUACGACAUCACACGACGGGAGACCUUCAACCACCUGACCACCUGGCUUGAGGAUGCGCGUCAGCACUCAAACUCGAACAUGGUCAUCAUGCUGAUAGGCAACAAGAGCGAUUUGGAUUCGCGGCGUGAGGUGAAGAAAGAGGAGGGCGAGGCCUUCGCCCGCGAGCACGGACUGGUCUUCAUGGAGACUUCUGCGCGCACAGCUGCCAACGUUGAGGAGGCUUUCAUCAAUACGGCCAAAGAGAUUUACGAGAAGAUCCAAGAAGGUGUCUUCGACAUCAACAAUGAGGCAAACGGCAUUAAGAUCGGCCAACAGCACUCGCCCACAAACCCGUCGCUGCCAGGAGCCGGAGGAGCAGCUGGAGCAGCAAACAGUGGCUGCUGCUAGGAGUAAACUGCAGAUGCCCGCUUGCAAUUCUGGGAUAGGCGCAGCCGCUUCUGUAAAAGCUACUUUAGUGACUAACUAAUAGAAGGUGGUUGAAGGAACAGAUUUCUUAUUUUCUAUCUAAACCGUAACUAACCACGUAAACAUAGCUACCACUAAACUAGCAAUUGGACACUAAGCUAAAUGUUAAAACCAUCAGACAGUUACAAGAAACACAUCUCCUUGUUCAGCUACGUUUUAAUUUACCAAAAGAAACCAAAAGGAAGAGAAACCAGAAAUAAACCAAAACCAACCACAUUUGUGUACGUGAAUGUCGUGCGUGAUUCUAAAUUUUAUAAAGUUUAUUAAAACAUUUUUAAAUGUUUUAUGCAUGUAUUUUGUGUAUAUUGAAGUUAGUUCGCCAGUUACUUCGUGUAAAAUCGAUAGUUAUACAUUGGGAUUUUGACAAAAUGAUGUGUAAUAUAUGAACAAAAAUCAAACUGUGUGAAUUUUCAUUGUAAUUUGAUUUCAGUGAGGUCCAGCCUCGCAACGCUGCGCCACGCCCCUUUUUGCAAUGGGUAUCUGCUCCGCUUCUCUAUACAUACAUACAUACAUAAUUAAAUAUAUUAAUAUGUUUACGUUUCCUUCUCAACGCA